AUGGUUCGCACAUCUGUCCUCCACGAUGCUCUUAAGAGCAUCAACAACGCCGAGAAGGCCGGCAAGCGCCAGGUCUUGAUCCGCCCGAGCUCCAAGGUCAUCAUCAAGUUCCUGAGCGUCAUGCAGAAGCACGGCUACAUUGGCGAAUUCGAGGAGGUCGACGACCACCGGUCUGGCAAGAUCGUCGUCCAGCUGAACGGCCGCCUGAACAAGACCGCUGUCAUCUCCCCCCGCUACAACGUGCGCCUGUCGGACCUGGAGAAGUGGGUCGUCAAGCUGCUGCCUGCCCGUCAGUUCGGUUACAUCAUCCUGACCACGUCUGCUGGUAUUAUGGACCACGAGGAGGCCCGGAGAAAGCACGUGUCCGGCAAGAUCAUUGGCUUCUUCUACUAG